AAUGUGUGAGCCGUCUGAUCCAAAAUAUGACCGUUGUAAACGCUCCAACAUCUGUUUCAAUUUAAACCCAUUCUCUUGAUCAAUAAAAUAAUAGAAGGGAGACUACGAAAGGCACAUCAGAAGACACUGUUUCUCAAGUACUCUGUUUCUUUCAUUCAACAAUCAUGUAUUCAGCUUCAACCAUGAACAAGCCUCCAUUGCCCAGAUCUCCGUCGCGUCUUCGACCGCCGCAAGCUCUCCGAUCAUCAAACUCUUUCUCUCUUCAAACGCCACCAGGUUCUUUGACGAAAUCUCAGAAGCCGGCUCUCUCUCCAAAUAUGCGACCGGAGUACCUCACAAUUUCGUCCGAGUUACGGGCUCUGGCGAGGAUGGUCAACGACGAAGUCAAUGACGUGAAUUUGGAGAAAGCGGCGGGUGGCAAUUCUUGCGGUGUGAAAUCAAGUGCUCUGUUCGAGAGGGGGAGAUUCUACGAGGAGUAUUCUGCUAGGAGGAACGAGAGGCUCAUGAGAAAGAGAGGCGUAACUGCAAUGGAUGAAGUUAAGGUUAAACCAGUUCGCAAUCUUGGGGUUUCAGUGGAAUCUGGAAAGAAAAAUAGUGUGAGAAAGAUUGGAAGUUUGAGAAAAUCUAUUUCCGCUGCCUACUCUGCUGGAGUGAGUGAAACACCAAGGUACAUGCUCAGAAGCAUGACCAAGGAAAACAAAAAACCUCCUGUCGCUACGAAGUUUGAGAAAUCGGUUAUGCCUGGGGAGAAGAAAAUGGGAACAAGAGCAAGGAGGAUAUAACUGAAGGUUUUAUUUCUAUUUGGUAGGGGAGAAGGAGAACCUGAUUUAAUUUGAUGUUAAAGGUUAAAUCUUGUUCUCUCUCGUCUGGUUAUAUACUUUGUUUUUUCAGUUUGAAAUAAGUGUUACAGUUAUUUGAGAUCA